AUGGCAGCAAUGUACGGAGCGUCAGAUGCCUCUGGCAGGUACACAGGCUUUGCCUCGGCGCCCUUCUGCCUGCGGGACUUUCGUCGGGAGGAGCUCCUCAAGUUUGGCCCGCGGGUGGGCGCCGCCUGCGCCAUUUGCCUCGCAGGCAUUUAUGUUAACAACCUGUCCCAAGCCUGGCUACAACAGAACAUGGCGACCUACUACCAGAAAGGCUGGAAGCCGGUGCCGCCGAUGAGUGGAACGGUGAAGCUUUGGGAUGUGUCCUUCCACUUUCUCCCUUACGUGAAGCUCACCUUUCUUCCUGACAUUUUUGCUGGAGUGUGUCAAGUGACUGCGGUGAUUCGAUUUUUGGUGGUUCCGGGGCCAAUGUCGCUUCGAUGGAUAGUUUUGAGCCGGUACUUGAUUAUUUGGGGGCUGUUGUGGUUCUGCCGCGCUGUCACCAUCGUUUCAACGCCCCUGCCGAACCCUGAUCACACCUGUGUGCCACGGAUCACCUUCCCGGACAACGUCUUCUUGGAAGCGUGGGCCAACCUUCCCAUCGUCCCUUGGUACAAUGAGAUGACCUGCCAGGACGUCUUGUUCUCUGGCCACACUGUUUGCAUGACGCUGCCGAUGCUCACUAUGUUCAAGUACGUGCGCCUGGCGCCCUGGUUCCCCUCAUCAUCAUCCAACCGGUGGUGGAGCACCAGCACAGCGGUGAAUAUUUGUGGAACAUUUGUGCUGUGCUUCGGUUACUUCUUCAUUGUAGCCACGCAUUUUCAUUACACUGUGGACGUGAUCAUGGGUGCCGUGCUGUCGCUUCUUGUGUUCAACUAUUACCACUAUGCCGCAAAGGUGGCAACACUCAGUCGACGUCCGAGUCGUCUUUGCAUUAUCCCGUUUUUGAGAUGGUUUGAGAAGCACUCCAAGGAUUUGCACCAUUGGAGGCAACGUGCGUCCCCGGGCUUGCUGCAAGUCGAAGCGGAGGAAGAGUUCUGA